CGAGGUUACAGAGCAGCUCUUUGGGAGUGAGAUAUAGCAAACCAUCGAGAGCUUUUGGAUUUUGUAAGUGAGUAUAUAUAUCAAGGGCACGCCACGCCAGGAUCAUGAUGGCCUGAUUCGAGCACACACGCACACUCACACACACACACUUUCCACUCACACUCACACUUACACUUACACUUACACACACACACACACACACACUUUCGACAUCUUGCAUCUGGCCAUCUGACAUCCACUUGCAACAUUAAUUACCUUUCCUUCGACUAUUAUCAGUCCACUUCUGCAUAUCUUAGCUACCAUCCAUUUAUUCUAUCCGCUAUGGCGGGAUUACCUUCAACAGACUCCUCUUCAACUCUAGAGGGAGCAGCUACAGAUGUGGAUAAAGAGCUACAUUUUCAGCCCAUCCGCCGACCUUCCAACGCUGCGAGACGUGGUUCAACUGCUUCAAGAGCUUCAAGACGCGGUUCAACUUCUGCAAGGUCCCAAAAGGAGACCUACGACCCCAACCUCGAUGUCAACUUGCCCUAUCGCACCCUUAGCCGCGAUGCCAACUUCGAUGAGUACCGCGUCACAUCUCACACGGGCACUAUCCCGGGCCCAGUCGAGCCUCCGUCCGUCGCUGGUCCAGGAAACGAAAAGCGUUACCAGCUGGUAACUUUUACCCCUGACGACCCUGAGAACCCCAAGAACUGGUCCAAGGCAUACAAGUGGUACUGCACCAUGGUUGUUGCUCUUACUUGCUUUGUUGUGGCAUUUUGUUCGGCUGUCAUCACUGCGGAUCUGGUUGGCCCAGCUGAGGAAUUUCACGUCAGCUUGGAGGUUGCAUUUCUCACGAUUUCGGUCUUUGUCAUUGGCUUUGGUGUUGGUCCCAUGGCUUUUGCGCCCCUGUCUGAGGUAUUUGGACGACGAGUCAUUUACGGAUCGACACUUUUCCUUGCCGUCAUCUUCAUCAUCCCUUGCGCCGUCUCAAAGAAUAUCGGAACCCUGAUCGUCUGCCGUGCCAUCGAUGGCAUCGCCUUUUCGGCCCCUAUGACCCUGGUCGGCGGUACGCUUGCGGAUCUGUGGAGGAACGAGGAGCGUGGUGUUCCCAUGGCCGCCUUUUCUGCCGCUCCCUUUAUUGGACCUGCUAUUGGCCCUCUUGUUGGUGGCUUCCUUGCUGAUGGCGCUGGCUGGCGCUGGCUGUACUACAUCCAGAUCAUCUUGGCUGGCGUUGUCUGGAUUCUCAUCACCUUCACCGUCCCCGAAACUUACGCGCCUACUAUCCUUGCUCGCCGUGCCAAGAAGCUGCGUGAGACCACUGGUGAUGAGAGCUACGUUACCGAACAAGACAUUGAUGAGCGGUCCAUGAGCGAACGACUCACCGUUUUCAUGAUCCGACCCUUCCAGCUGCUCUUCCAGGAGCUCAUCGUCCUUCUCAUUUCGCUGUACAUGAGCGUUCUCUACGGCUUGCUUUACAUGUUCUUCGUUGCUUUCCCCAUUGUUUUCCAGGAGGGCAAGGGAUGGAAUGCCGGCAACACUGGUUUGAUGUUCAUCCCCUUGGCCGUUGGUGUCCUCUGCUCUGCGGUCCUCUCUCCACUUGUCAACAAGCACUACCUCAAGAUGGUUCACAAGUACAACGGAAAGCCGCCUGCGGAGGUUCGCUUGAUUCCCAUGAUGAUCUCUUGCUGGUGCAUUCCCAUUGGCUUGUUCAUCUUCGCAUGGACCUCUUACACAGAUCUCAUCUGGGUCGGCCCCGCUCUGGGAGGCUUCCCCGUUGGCUUCGGCUUCAUCUUCCUUUACAACUCUGCAAACAACUACCUGGUCGACUCCUACCAGCACCAAGCUGCUUCUGCCCUUGCCGCCAAGACAUGUAUCCGAAGUUUCUGGGGUGCUGGUGUGGUUUUGUUCACUGAGCAGAUGUACCACCGACUCGGUGACCAGUGGGCCUCUUCGCUGUUGGCAUUCAUUAGCUUGGCUUGCUGCGCUAUUCCCUACUGCUUCUGGAUCUGGGGCGCUAAGAUCCGUGCUCGCAGCAAGUAUGCCUAUGGCGGUGAUGAUGAGGUCGCAGCCCCCACGAACCCCAAUGAUCUCGAGAAGGCUCAGAGGGUUCCCACCAAUGGCAGCGCUGUUCGCGACAACUCCGACAAUGAUCUUGACCUGAGGAGGGCGAGGAGCUACGUCAGCAACCCAUAAAUAAACAAACAACAAGACAAAUCACACAAACACCAGAUUGCACGAACAAACCAACCAAUCGAAACCACCAAAUCAAACCAAUGAUACAAUCAUACAGCAUGAUAGACACGAUUUUUUCUUUUAGAAUGAUAUCCCCUACGAUAGAGAUUUUGAUUUAGCAUUUGGGCGGCGUUUUAAAAAUGGAUGGAUAUACCUGGACGAUACUCUGCAUAUAGGAGAGAAUGGUAUGGGGUAUAGACAGCAUACUACACAUAAUACACUAAUGAUAAG